UUGUUUCGCCGCUAGAUUCGGACGUGUUAAAUUCUCUGCCCUUUCAAAUUUCGCUUUUGUUGUUGACAAAUUGCCAGUGGCUGCAAACCGUUAUUUGUUAUUUAUCUGUUAUUAACGCAAGACGUUCAACAUUUGAUCUCCAGCCAAAUCGAGUCAGCAACAACAACAAAAAUAAUAACAAUGUCGCGUACGAGUUUGCCAACAAUUUCGAAUAACAUUUAAACAUUUAAGCCGUGAAUUGUGUGACGUGCAAACGAAAGUUAUUUUUUUGGCCGUGUUGUGUGUUUGUAAUGAUGUGCAGCACACAUCAAAAUGCAAUUACAAUUCAACAGUGUAUAAAACCCUUAAACUAAUUUCUGCAAACAUCUGCAUUUAAUAAAUCAACGAUCAACGGCAUGGAUGCCCCCACACAAUCUAUAUACCCGCAUUCCGCAACGCUUUUUGCUGCCAUCAGUGCCUGUGUUUUUGUGACCAUCGGCGUAUUCGGAAAUCUGAUAACGCUGCUGGCGCUACUCAAAAGUCCGACGAUACGUGAACAUGCGACAACCGCCUUUGUCAUAUCCCUAAGUAUAUCGGAUCUAUUAUUCUGCUCCUUCAGCCUGCCAUUAACAGCCGUGCGUUUCUUCCAGGAGAGCUGGACUUUUGGUGACACUUUAUGCAAGAUCUUUCCGGUUAUCUUCUACGGCAAUGUGGCUGUUUCAUUGCUUAGUAUGGUGGGCAUUACACUCAAUAGGUACAUACUCAUUGCUUGCCAUAGCAGAUACUCACAGAUCUAUAGGCCCAAAUUUAUAACACUGCAGUUGAUAUUCGUUUGGGCCGUGUCCUUUUUACUGCUGCUUCCACCCAUAUUGGGCAUAUGGGGUGAAAUGGGUCUGGAUGAGGCGACAUUCUCAUGCACGAUACUCAAAAAGGAGGGUAAAUCAAUAAAGAAGACACUGUUCCUAAUUGGUUUUCUGCUGCCGUGUCUGGUGAUCAUCAUUUCCUAUUCCUGCAUCUAUAUAACUGUGCUGCAUCAGAAGAAGAAGAUACGCAGUCAUGAUAAUUUCCAAAUUGGCGCUGCCGGUGGCGGUAAGACAGCAUCCGCAUCCGGUUCCUAUGUGACCACGACGAGCACACGAAAGGCUCGCGAGGAUAAUCGCCUCACUGUGAUGAUGGUCACAAUAUUCUUGUGUUUCCUCAUCUGCUUUCUGCCGCUGAUGCUGGCCAAUGUGGUGGACGAUGAACGCAAGACAUCGUAUCCCUGGCUGCAUAUCAUUGCAUCCGUCAUGGCCUGGGCAUCCAGUGUCAUCAAUCCGAUCAUCUAUGCGGCCAGCAAUCGCAAUUACAGAGUCGCUUAUUAUAAGAUAUUCGCAUUGCUAAAGUUCUGGGGAGAACCGCUGUCACCGAUGCCAAGUAGAAACUAUCACCAAAGCAAAAACUCAAAGGAAUUAUCGGGCGUUAUUCGCAGCACGCCAUUGUUUCACGCUGUUCAAAAGAAUAGUAUUAACCAAAUGUGCCAAACAUAUUCAGUAUGAGUCUUUUGUAUUCGAGUUUGCAAUACAUCAUUAACUACUUAU